CUCUUCCUCCUAGAGGAGAUGAGGGAACGGAAAUUUGAUGGCUAUGCCCGGAUCAUCCAGAAAGCCUGGCGUCGACACAUCGCCAUCCGGAAAUACGAACAGAUGCGAGAAGAAGCGUCCCACAUCCUGUACAACUUCAAAGAACGGCGGAGGAACAGCAUCAAUCGUAACUUUGUCGGCGAUUAUCUGGGAAUGGAGGACAAACCCGAGUUGCGUCAGUUCCUGACCAAAAGAGAGAGGAUUGAUUUUGCUGACUCAGUCACGAAAUACGACAGGAGGUUUAAG